AUGAUAUUUAUUGGUGUUUUGAUCAUUAACAUUUUAUCCUUUGAUUUGGUCAAAUGUGCUAUAAAUUGGAAUGGGAAUAAUUGGGCACAUAAUUGUGAUUUUAGAGAAAAUGAUCUUUCGAAUGCACGAGUUCCUCCAGAACAAUGUGGUGGAAAGUGUGCUGCGACUCCUGGGUGUACUCAUUUUACUUGGACAAACUAUUAUGGUGGUACCUGUUGGAUGAAAAAAGGCUCAGUUUCGAAAAGUGAUGCAUAUGAAAGGCAUGGUCAAAAGAGGGUUUGUGGCGUACAACCUAACUCGGUGGAGCCAAUAGCGCCUCCCUCUCCCAGCACAAGUAAACGGGGUAUCGCAUGGCCAAUGGAAAACAAACAAGAUUCACCUAACGUAUUUUCUGGUGGAAAAAUCUCCUGGAUUUAUAAUUGGUCACCUUACAAAAACAACGUUGCUGGAAUGGAAUUUGUUCCUAUGUUAUGGAGCACAAAUAGAGGUCACGAUGGAAAUAAAUUCUUGAGUCAGGCGAAAGGUGCACGUGUUGUACUCGGUUUCAAUGAACCCGAACGUGGCGAACAAGCAAAUAUGGAUCCGGCUUGGGCAGCACGCGCUUGGAAACAAUAUAUUGAACCUUUGAGAGCUCAUGGCGCUCGAUUGGGUUCACCGGCGAUAGCAUCUACGAACGAAGGUUUGAAUUGGAUGCAACAAUUUUUGAAUGAAUUAAAUAAAGUCGGUGGACGAAUCGAUUUUCUCGCUUUGCACUGGUAUGGUCGAGGCUCGGAUAAUUUCAUCAAUUGGAUUACUGCGGUUCGUCAACGUUUUGGUAAUAGAUAUCCUGUUUGGGUUACAGAAUUCGGGUGCACAUCUUGGAAUCCAAGUCAACCGGUUUCACAACAUGAAGUAAAUGAGUUCAUGAGGCAGAGUAUUGCGAAACUCGACUCAUUGAGUUGGGUCGAACGAUAUGCUUGGUUCGGUGCACAGCGUCAUUUAGAUGCAGCACUUGGUUCGACCAAUUGUUUGAUUGGAUCCAAUGGGCAACUAUCUAAAUUAGGUAGAAAAUAUGUACAUGAACUUUAA